GGGCUUCUUUCCUUUCUCAUACUCUGUCUGUCUGUCUGUCUCUCUCUCUCUCUCUCUCUCUCUCUACCUACCUCCCUCUCCAUUCAAGCAAUCUCAAAUACACCAUGCCAAAGAACAAGGGAAAGGGAGGGAAGAACCGCAAGAGAGGGAAGAACGAGGCCGACGACGAGAAGCGCGAGCUGGUCUUCAAGGAAGACGGUCAAGAGUACGCUCAGGUCCUCCGGAUGCUCGGAAACGGGCGGUGCGAGGCCAUGUGCAUCGACGGGACCAAGCGGCUCGGCCACAUCCGCGGCAAGAUGCACAAGAAGGUGUGGAUCGCCGCCGGAGACAUCAUACUCGUCGGACUCAGGGAUUACCAGGAUGAUAAGGCUGACGUCAUCCUCAAGUACAUGCCCGACGAGGCUAGGCUGUUGAAGGCGUACGGAGAGCUUCCGGAGAACACGAGGCUCAACGAGGGGAUUGCUGGUGGGCUCGAUGAGGAAGACGAUGGUGCUGGUGAUGAUUACAUUGAGUUUGAAGACGAAGAUAUCGAUAAGAUCUGAUCUGAAGAAUUACAACAGUCUUUGUUUGUGAAAUAAUCAAUCGACUAUGAUUUUUGCUUUUUGUUUUUAAUUGAUGGUAUGAUUAUGAUUAUGGUGGUUUUGAAGUAUAAGUAAGCAAAUUGAAAACUUGUUUGAUUUUUCCUCAGCAUCUGAGACUUUGAAUAUAGGAUGAUUUAUGCAAGUUUCAUUUGGAUU